GAGAAGGACCUCAUCCACAAGCUGUUCAAGGUGCUGGCACCCCGGUUCCAGCCUCACCCCGGCAGCUACACCCGCCUGCUGCAGAUCCCCAACCGGGAUGGCCUUGACCGUGCCAAGAUGGCGGUCAUCGAGCUCAAGGGGAACCCCUUCCCACCACUCAUCCGCCAGCACCGCGACAGUGAGAAGACACUGCUCAACCAGCUCCUGAAGGGCUACCGGGAGGACGUGCAGCAGGCCACAGCGCCGCAGGGCCCCGAGGGCACUCCUGUUUAG